GUUUGGUCUUUAUCAAAGUUGCUCUCCCAUUUUGCAGCAUCCUACACAUCAACCCUAAGAACAAAAUGUUCUCUCUAUGAAUCUGGCUCUGAUCCAUGACAGACUGCACAUCAAGACGUUCUGGGAGAAGAGGAUCGACUCUGAGGGACAGUAUGUGGACAAAGAGGAGCAGAGGAAGACCAGGAGCGCCCUGAACAAGCUGAGGGAUGAGUGGGUGGUCCGUCUGGAGAACCGAACCAAACACCUGAAGCUGAACGACAACUACAUCAAGAAGGUGAAGACGGAGAAGGCCGCAGAGCAGACAGUCGAAACAAAUGAAGGAAACGUGUCGUCCUAAUGUUUAGAACCAAUAAAGUGAAUUUUU